GGGCGACAGGGGGCGCUGUGGCGGGUGCAGUGCUUGGUCGGUGCAGGGCAGGAGAGGCGGCGGCGGGGACGGGACAGGACAGGUUUUUGACCGUUUAAGGGCACAAUGUCUCGACGAUAUGACUCACGGACGACCAUAUUUUCACCUGAAGGGCGACUGUACCAGGUGGAGUACGCCAUGGAAGCCAUCGGCCACGCUGGAACAUGCCUGGGGAUUUUGGCCAACGAUGGCGUCCUGUUAGCUGCAGAGAGACGCAACAUACACAAGCUACUGGACGAAGUCUUCUUUUCCGAGAAGAUUUACAAACUGAAUGAUGACAUGGCGUGCAGCGUUGCAGGAAUAACGGCCGAUGCCAACGUUCUCACAAAUGAGCUGCGUCUAAUUGCCCAGAGGUAUCUCCUUCAGUACCAAGAACCCAUCCCUUGUGAGCAGCUGGUCACCACACUCUGCGAUAUCAAGCAGGCUUACACACAGUUUGGAGGGAAGCGACCAUUUGGUGUUUCGUUGCUAUACAUGGGAUGGGACAAGCACUACGGCUACCAGUUGUAUCAGAGUGACCCCAGUGGCAACUACGGCGGAUGGAAAGCCACCUGCAUUGGAAAUAACAGUGCUGCUGCUGUCUCCAUGCUGAAACAAGAUUUUAAAGAAGGAGACAUGACUUUACAAUCGGCCCUUGCAUUGGCAGUUAAAGUGUUGAACAAGACAAUGGAUGUCAGUAAACUUUCAGCUGAAAAAGUGGAAAUUGCAACACUAACACGAGAAAAUGGCAAAACGCGGAUAAAGGUGCUGAAGCAGAAGGAAGUGGAAGUUUUGAUUAAACGGCACGAGGAAGAGGAAGCAAAGUCGGAACGUGAGAAAAAGGAAAAGGACCAAAAAGAGAAGGAGAAGUAGAACUGCAGUUUAAUCAAGGCUGAUGCCAGCACCGAAGGGGAGUUUAUUGAAAAUCUAGUUGUCUGCGGGUUCUUCUAUAGAGACGUUGACACGUCAGGUAACACAAGCCACUUGUACACUUUCAUAACUGUUAUAUAUGGACUUGUAAUUGACAAAUGGUUUUUAAAUAAAUAACAAAGGCAA